GUUUUUCCUCAGAGGCGGAGCAACAUGGCAUGUUCAGGCUUUCAUUCAUUCAAGGAUCAAUGAGCAUACAUUCUGGCAUUUGGUGGCUUUUCUGGAAAGCCAUCUCCUGUAGGCCGCUGUGCAGGCCCCCGCAGCUGAUCAUAUUAUUUCAGCUGGUGUGCUGCGCUCACCUUCAGUGCGCGCUCCACUAUGGACCGUAAAAGGGAUGACUGGCACAGGACAAGAAGAGAAAGGAAAACCUACAUGCCACAGAAUGACGGAUGACAGGAGCACUAUGCUGCACAUCCUCGAGGAGCCUCAGAUGCGAAGAGAAGGGGAGAGGAUUCGAACUUUUCAGAACUGGCCAGCAGAUGCACCUGUCACAUCUGGAGACCUGGCCAAGGCAGGCUUCUUCUUUCUAGGCCCUGGGGAUAAAGUCCAAUGUUUCUGCUGUGGAGGGAUUUUAAGAUGUUGGGUGCAUGGGGACAGCCCGGCCGUUGAGCACAAGAGGCAUUUCCCUACUUGCGGUUUCAUACUGGGUCGAGCUGUGGGAAAUAUUCCGCUCCAAGUUGGAUCCUCCGACUCUGUGGACGGCCAGCUGUUGAGUCAACUCCAGAGGAUGACUAUGGAUGACCAGGGGACAGCUGGACAAGCGGUCUACCCAGAGAUGGAGGCGGAGGAUUCCCGGCUCACUACUUUCCACAACUGGCCCACUGAGGCCUCAGUCCAGCCAGAUGUUCUUGCCAGAGCAGGAUUUUUCUACACAGGUCACGGUGACAACGUCAAAUGCUUCUACUGUGAUGGAGGUCUGAGGAACUGGGAGCCAGGAGACGACCCCUGGCAGGAACAUGCCAAGUGGUUUCCACGAUGUGAGUAUUUAAUCCAGUCGAGAGGGCAGGAGUAUAUCAGCAACAUACAGGAUGCUCAUUUCCAUCUGGGUGAGACUGUGGGUGUAUCGCAGACCUCCACAGGCAGAGAUAUUGGAUCCAGAAAUGAUAUGGUCGGAGGUCUGGGAGCUUCCUCGGCGAUGCUUUCUCCUGUGGUGCAGACCGUGCUGCAGAUGGGCUUUGAAGCCAGCCUGGUGGAGAGUCUGGUCCAGACCAAGUACCUUUUGACAGGUCAGCACUACACUUCUGUAUCCGACCUGGUCACCGACGUACUGCAGGCGGAGCAGGAGGACAGACAGAGGGGGCCACAGAGCAGAGAGCCAGAGAUGAGGCAGGGCUCCAGUGCUGGAAAUGUGAGGACACAAACACCCAUAAGAGAGAAAGUGAAGGACCCCAGCCCAGAGGAGCUGCUGAGGCAGCUGCAGGAGGAGAGGACCUGUAAGGUGUGCAUGGACAAACUGGUGUCCAUCGUCUUCAUCCCCUGUGGUCAUCUGGUGGUGUGCGGCGAUUGCGCUGCCAGCCUGCGUCACUGCCCCAUCUGCAGAGCCGUCAUUAGAGGCAGUGUUCGUGCUUUCAUGUCCUAAGGCUGUAGUGAGAAGCCACUGCUAUGCAGGUGUUGCAUGAGUGGCCUUGAGUUUUCCUCUGUACUCAUUUUCCCUUGAACUGAUAAAAAAAUACAGAUUAUUGCUGGUGGCUUGUUUUGUCAGAGUUUACAGAUAAUUUUCUAUAAUAAACAUUUUAAGCUUUUCAAUAUGUGCACAGUAUUUUUGCAUAUACGACACAUCUACUGAAUGACACACAAGAUUAUUAAAAGAGCACAUUCUUUUAUUAACAAACACCUAUUUACAUGAACACAAAGCACAGUUCUGGAUAAAUAGGAUUACACAAUUAGGUCACAUGGGGUUGGCGCAACACAGGACACAAAAUAGAAGAGAGAAAUACAAAAAAAAGAUCUUUCCCACUUUCUAUACAAAGAAAAAGAAUUAUCUACAAAUAGGUGGAAUCUUUUUCAGUGGAGACUAGCACAUACAUACACAACCGUAACAGGUGUCAACUAAUUUCAAUUUACCGGGGAUUAGGAAGAGGCUGUAUUGCACA